UUCACGUUAAGAGUAAAAAUAUUGAUUUCAGAUGGAAAAAUAAGCAAGUAUAAAAAUGUCCGACGUUAAAGUUUCCACGAAAUCCAAACAAUUUUGUCUCAAGCUUAUAGACUUGUUACGCAGACUAGGCCCUGAGCUGGUCCGAGGAGAUAGAACCUUGAGUUUGAGUUUGCUUGGAUAUCAACAUGUUCAGUCCUGUCUUCAUGCUCUUCACUCACACUCCCAGGAUCUGCACUCUUUGUUCUGUUUGGAUCUUGAAACCCUGGAAAAUAUUCUGGGACGGGUUCAAAUCCUCUCUCUCACAGGAAGAUCAGACCCUGAGAAGGGUUGGAUUAAUUUAGAAGUCUUCAAGUUGUUAACUGAGCUGGAACUGAAACAGGUUUCUAUCUCGGAAUUCUCUAAUCUACAAUCUCUAGCCGGUCAUCUUACAAGCCUAAAGAUAUGCUGGAGUGAGGUAGAUGUGGAGGAUGUUGAGGAUGUGCUGGCUGGUGUCCGAGGACUGGGAGGAGGAGCUCCCUGGGUCCAUCUGACAACCCUAGUCCUAUCACACAACAACCUCACACAACUCUCAUCAGCCCUUUCUCUCACACCACACCUCCACACACUAGAUGCUACACAUAACCAUAUUUACAAUGCACCAGGCCUAAUUUGUUUGGAGAGGCUUCACUCUCUCUAUCUAUCAUUUAACUCUUUAACAAAGAUACCCAUGCUUAGUUCUGAAUCAAAUUUGACAACUCUCUCUUUAGGUUAUAACAGAUUAGAGACGAUAUCUGGUUUAGAGAAUAUUCUAACCCUUGAGUGCCUUGAUCUAUCAGGGAUUUUAUUUUUCAACCUCAUCGGUGGUUACAUGUACCUGAAAUUUCCUUAGUUUUGUUGGUUACAU